CUCCGCCUGCGCUAAGAUGGAGCCCCCGAAGGUAGAGUCCGAGUUACAGCGGUUUUAUCACCAGUUGCUGAGCCCGCUGUCACUCUUACCCCGCAGGGUGACGCCCCCAGAGCCUCAGAAGCGCAGCCCGCAGGUCUUGAGAGUACAAACCGUGUCUCUGGCAAAGCUGAGGGUGGCGCCGCUGUGCCGCCAGGUGGCCAAGUUGCUGGCCAACAGCGGGCUGGCGUCCUGGGUACCUUCUGAAGGCCGACUCCGUCUCACCAAGGUCAUCCUGGACGAACUAAAGUGCAGCUGGCGGGAGCCUCCUGCUGAACCUAGUCUGAGCUACGAGAACAACCAGAAGCUGAGGAAGCGACUCGAGACUUACGUGCUGCUCAGCUGUGAGCAGCUCUUUUUACGCUACCUGCACCUGCUGGUGACUAUGUCGACCAUGUCGAAGGUCUUCACUGAAUCAGCCACCCUCACCCGGUUGGCUGCCAGCCUUGCCAGUGAUUGCACAAUCUUCCUUACCAGUCCCGACGUCUACCGUUGCCUGCUCGCGGAUUUCCAAACCCUGCUGAAGGCAGAGCACACCCACAGCAGCAUGGACAAGCGGCGCCCACCCUGCCCCAUUGGGCCUUUCAAACUGUGCCCGAUCCCCUGGCCUCACAGCACGGGCUUCGCGGAAGUGCCAUGCUCUAGCCUCAACCUGAACUACCUUGUCCAACUCAGCCGCUCACAGGAGUUUUUUACUGAGCCUGAAUUGGAUCCAGUGAAGGAAUUGAAGUCCAUCCCUCAGUUGAAGAGUAGAAAGCCUCUCCGCUGGCUGCCUACUGCAAGAAAAGAGAAAGAAAUCGACUUCAGUUCUUCACAGAUGGUGUCAAUUCCCAGCCACUCUGUGACUCCCACCAGUAGAGGUUCCCUCCCCCAUUCUUUACCUGUCCUUUCCCAGCCACAGAGAAGCCAAUCCAUGCCUUGUCUUCGUGAGGACUGGAAGCUGGCAGAUAAAUUGGGUCUUUCUACACUCCCUUCUCAUUCCUUAACCCCUCUGGUCUUGCCUCCAGGAGAAAGCAAACCAAAGCUGACUGGGGACAUUGUGGCUGCGGAUCUGAAGCAAAUGAUAAAGAACAUGAAGUUGGAGUGGACUCACUACUCAGCAUUGGACUUUGGCUUGCCCCCACUCCUGAGGGUUGUGACCUACCACCCAGCUGCCAGGCAUCACCUGGAGGAACUGCAGAGAAUGUUAAAGAGCUUCCAGGAAAGAGAAGCCUUUGGACAGUGGGACCACCUGCACCUCAAAUCCCCUCCACUUUAUCCACAGCCAGUGACUACUACUUUGAAGUUGAAAAAUAAAGUCGUGGUCCAGGCAGCAGCUGUGCGACUUUCUGAUAGAAACUUUUUGGACUCUUUCCAUGUUGAGGGGGCCAGAGUCUUGUACAACCACCUGGCUGGUGAACUGGACUCCAAAGUUAUAGACGAAAUGGAUAUAGAGCACCUCAUUGGCAGUAGCACCAAGGAGGUCUAUGAAGAGUUGAUGAGCCGUGUCUCUACUGACCAUUUCUGUUUUGACCAAGGACCUCUGGUUGAACCUGCAGCAGAUAAAGACUGGUCAGCCUUCCUGUCCUCAGCCUUUCUGCGCCAUGAAAAACAAUUUCAAAUAGUCAACCCUGAUCUGACUGGACUUUACCAGAGAACAAAUGUUUUGCAGUCAGACGCUGAGAGGAUGCCUUCUCCCACAGCACCUCAACCAAGCAAAGGCUGGGAAAAGCGGUCAAAGAAGAUCUCCUGGCUGACCUGGUGGAAAAGCACCCUGUCUGUGGAUGACUACUUCAAGUACCUCACCAACCAGGAGACAGAUUUCCUCCAUGUCAUCUUCCAGAUGUUUGAAGAGGAGGCACCUGUGGAGGUUCCAGUAUGCAUCAAAGAGUCCCCAAUUAUUCAGCGGCCCCCCCCCCUGUUAGAAGAUGAAGAGCCAGACUUUGUGCCAGGAGAGUGGGAUUGGAACACAGUGCUGGAGAACAGGCUGGAACGUGAUAAGAACCAGAUCCCGAGCCUGCAGAAGCGUCUAGAACGACUGUGGUCUGUUCUUGAGGUCCCUCACAACGUCCGGCUGGACAUGGCCAUCAAGUACAGCUCCAAAGCCCGUCUGAGGCAGCUGCCCUCAUUAGUAAGGGCCUGGGAACGGGCCUUGAAGCCCAUUCAGCUGCGGGAGGUAUUGCUGGCGAGACUGGAGUGGUUUGAACAGCAAGCCUCUGACCCCAACCGCUUCUUCCAAAAGUCUGAAUUGGGCCUGAGUCAUCUCCUGCGGGAAAAUCAGUUACGAAGCUAUUUCCACAGGAAGCUCAAUCAAAUUGAGGCUUCUUUGGUUUCCCUCCUGAAGGAGAUUGAAUUAAUCUUUGGUGAACCAGUGACCUUCAAGGGACAGUGCUACCUAGACAAGAUGAAAUGGGACAAAGUGGAGAUGCUCUACUGGCUCCAACAGCAGCGGCGGGUUCACUACCUGGGCCAGGACAAAAAGGCCUCCCAACAAUCAGCCCUGUUCAAAAGGCAUAACAGCCAGUCUUUACUAGUUCCUGGGAACACGCCCAAUACCCUUUAACCAGACCAAGCAUCCUCAAAUCUCUCCCUCAUCUCCAAACACUCAACAACUCAUCCAGACCUCUUGAUGGCUUUGGAAGAAGAAGUAUGGGUAUCUCUAGCUGGGGGUGCAGGUCUCAGGAGCAUUGCACUUCGAACUACAAAGGACUGAGAUUUAGUCUUUGAAAGUGAAGUUCUCACAAAAGAAUUCCCAAGUCCAGUAUUCCCAUUUAUGUCAACAGCUUGGUAGAAUAUAAUCAAAAUCUCUUAUCAAAAAAACUGAGACUGUCCCUUACAAAACAUCAGACAGACAAACCAUAAUCUUUGGAACAUUCUUGUCCUUUAACAUUUCUAUCUCAGAAAUAAAUUGGAUGAUCAGAGCCCUAAUUAAUGGCGUAACAGGUAAGAACUAGGGCUCAGGAGUCAGAUAUGGAUUUAAAUUCUGGCAUGUGAUCUUAGGCAAGUUACCUGACUUCUCUGCCCUUGGAUCAUCAUGUCAAAUGAAGGAGUUAAGUUCAGGUUACCCCUUCCAGUUUUUGCAUUUUAUUGGUAGGGCUCAAAGUUUUAAUUAAAUUUUUACCAGCUAAUACAAGCAUCUGGUACAAAGUAUAUCAGGGUGUGUACUGAAACGUAAAUCUCACUCCCAUGGCUCCUUUGGAUCCCUGCUUUCCUCUCUGGUAUAACAACUGUUACCAGUUUCUCAUAUUUACUGAGCAUCAAUUAGGUGUUAAAUGCUUGGUCUACAUCAGUGAACAAAACACAGACCAUUACAACCUUUGUAGAGUUUAUAUCCAAUUAGGAGAAAACAGACAAUAAGCCAUAAACAUGGCACUUAAGCACAUUGAAUAACUGAACAUUUGAAGGUGAUGAGCAUUCUGGAGAAGAGAAGAGUAGGGUAAGAGGAAUUCUAGAGGAUGGUGGGCUAGUUUUAAUUACAGUGGCCAGGUACAGGCCUCACUGGGAAGGUAAGACUUGAGCAAAAUCUUGAAAGAGGUGAAAAGUGAGCCCUGUGGACAUUCAGGAGGAGAACUUUCCUAACAGCCGUGGCAGAGCCAAAAUAGGCCAUGCCUAGGGUAUUCUGGCCACAGCAAGGUGGUCAGGGGCUGCAGAGUGAGGGGUAGAGACAAGUCCAAGGGUCAUGACAAGGUGUCAUUGGGCAAAUUAGAAGUGGUAAGGCCUUUAGAUCACAUAUGAACUAUUUCAGAGAUAGCCUGUGCAUAUAUGAGCUUAUUUGUACACAUCUUUGCAAUUUAUAACUACACCAAUGAUCUCAGCCUAGACCUCUGUUUUGUCCUUCCUUUUUUUUUAAUUACUGCAUAUACCUCAAACUCAUUUAUACGUGAAUUUAAUAUACAUCCAACUAUACAAUCAUUCUUUUGACAGCUCUACAGUAUUCCAGUGUGUGUGUAUAUCUCAUUUAACCAGUCCCUUGUAUCAGAUAAUCUCAAACAAAAAUGUUGCUCUAAAAAAUUCCUUGUUUGGGGAUAGGGAUGUAGCUCAGUGGUGGAGUGCUUACCUUACAUGCUUGAGGUCUCAGGUUUGAUUCCCUAGCACCACAAAGAAAAAUCCUCAGGGAAGAGGAUUUAUGUAGCUCAGUGUUAGAGUGCUUGCCACACAUGCAUGAGGCACUGGGUUCGAUCCUCAGCACCACAUA